AUGACUGAUAGCUACCUAAACAUACGUUCCCUUUUAUCAUUACUGGCGCUACUUUCGUACGCUCUUGCUGUGCCGGUAAAACAUAAACACGAAAAAAGACUAAUAGUGACUAGAGUUCACACUGCUUCUACAACCAACACUGUUACCAACUUCUAUUCUACUACAACACAAGUAGUAGCAGCCCCUACCGUUGAACUUAUUGUCUCCGGUAGUGUUACUUUGACCACAACUCUUCCAUUAGCGGAUGGUUCAGCGCCAACGGCUUCCCCAAGUGUUACAAUCACAACUAUAUUUAACGACCGUGGUGUUGGUAACAUUGCUGUUCCAACCGACCUUCCAAAUGAAGUAGCUCUUUCUGAAUCUAAUGGCAAUGCAAAUGCCCAACCUAACAAUGAUAAUACACAAAGUGCUAACACACCAGCAGCCCAGAACCAAAACACUGCAAGUUCUCAAGGAAACGACGGAACAACAACCCUAAGCCCAAGUUCCAGUCCAGCUUCCAACCCUGCUUCCAGCCCUGCUUCUAGUCCAGCUGCCAGCCCAGCUUCCAGCCCAGCUUCCAGCCCAGCUUCUAGCCCAGCUUCCAGUCCAGCUUCUAGUCCAGUCUCUAGUCCAGCUACAAGUUCUACCUCAAGUCCAAGUCCAAGUUCAACACCUGCUUCAUCCGAAAAUUCCAACAAUAACAAUCAAGGCACGCCUACAUCAUCUGCAGCAAGUAGCGAGACCACUUCGGGAAACACUAGCUCAGCUGGUUCUGUUCAGGGUGUCCCUACCGCAUUGGUUUACUCUCCUUAUAAUGAUGAUUCUUCUUGUAAGAGUGCUGAUCAAGUCUCAUCCGACCUUCAACAAAUUCAUUCAAAGGGUGUCAACAAGAUCAGAGUUUAUGGUACCGACUGUAACUCUCUACAAACUAUCCAACCAGCUGCUGCUAAGUUAGGUAUGAAGAUUAACCAGGGCUUCUGGAUUAGUAGUGCUGGUGUUAACUCUAUCGAUCAAUCUGUUUCUGAUGUUAUCUCCUACGGUCAAUCAAAUGGUUGGGAUGUAUUUGACUUCAUCACCAUCGGUAAUGAAGCUAUUAUUUCUGGUUACUGCAGUGUUGAUGAAUUGAUCGGUAAGAUUUCAUCUGUCAAAUCGCAAUUGAAAUCUGCUGGAUACAAUGGUCAAGUUACCACUUCUGAACCUCCAGUCAGUUUCGAAACUUACCCAUCGUUGUGCACAAAUUCUGAAAUCGAUUUUGUUGGUAUUAAUCCACACUCCUACUUUGAUACAAAUUCACAAGCAUCUACCGCCGGAUCGUUUGUCCAGGGUCAAAUAGCACUUGUGAAGAAAGCUUGUGGAACUGAUAAUGUGAAAGUGACUGAAACAGGCUAUCCAAGUCAAGGUAAGCAAAAUGGUGGAAAUAUUCCAAGUAAGGAAAACCAAAAAAUUGCCGUCAGCAGUAUUUUGCAAGAGCUAAAUGGUGAUUGUACAAUCCUAUCAACUUUCAACGAUUACUGGAAAAGCCCUGGACCAUAUGGGAUCGAACAAUCGUUUGGUGUGCUUGAUAUCCUAUCUUAA